ACGUGCUCACACUUUUUUAUUUGAAAAUUUCAUUCAAAAUGAUCGAAAUCUUAUCAUUGCCUAAACGGCCCAAGGGAAUUCCGAUGAACCGAACAGCAACAUCAAAUUUGGAAUCCGGGUUACCUUUGAAUAGUUUACCAGGAUGGGAGGAGAUACCCUUGGAUUGUAAAUUACCCAUGCUGAAAUCUCCUGGAAAUCAAGUCAUCUUCACCAAAAGCAAAAUCGGUCAAGUAAAGCAUAAUGACAGUCAAGAGUUUGAAGUGACACCCUGUGCCAGUUUCCCCGAAUACAGUCCCUUACAAGAUAAAAAUCUCAGAAGUUUCUUUGCAAAUGAGAAAAACUUGAGGAGGCUUAGAGAAAAUGGAGAAAUUACUCCGGAUAACUAUGUGAUAAGCAGUCUAAAGGAUUUCAACAAGUUUCGCCAAGAAUUACAUAAACGCGGUGGUAUGAAGGAACAGAAAAAAAGGGAGGACGAACAACGUGAUCGUGCUCUUAUAGCCUAUGCUGAGUACAUUUCAAAAUGUGAUUACCAAAAUUUAGCAAAUCGUCGAGAUUAUCGACAAGAAGCCAUUCAACGAAAAACCCAAACAGAUCAGCAACGCCAAGAGCGCAAUAAAAAAAUCUGGCAAACCAAAUUGAACAAAAUAGCCUUGAUAAAAAUGCGUCAGGAUGUGAAGGCAACCACUAUUGAACAUCAAAAGUUGCUUCAACAGCUUCGCAUGAAAAGGCAUUGGGAUAGAAGCCAUGAUAUCUAUCGCCGAAAACACAAUGCCCUCGUAAAGCAUUUGAGUUUUAAAAGUGAUCGCUUCAAGAGAAACAUGAAAAAACUAAGAGAAAAAUCUUCACGAAAUACCGAUGAGAGACUGAUAAAUGCUUGGAAUAAACGCAUAGCAGAACGUAUAGCAAAUCAAGAGAAAAUUCGCAAUCUAUUGGCGAAAAUUGAAAAAGAGAAAAAAGUUAGUAUUGAGAAGCAUAAGACCAAAAGUCAGGAAAAAUGGUUGGCCAUUCAGAAGGCUAUUAAAAACCGAGCCAUGCGCAAUAGAAAAAAAUUUCAGUUUCAUAUUCGCAAAGAGCAAAGCGUUCCACCCAAUGAGCCUGGAGCCCAUAAAUCAUCAUUUUGUGCGGAAUUUCAAAGUAGUUUCGAUCGGCUUCAUGAGGCUGAUGUGUGUAAGGCCUUAAAUGCCGUUUUGGAUUUGCAAGACGACAUCAAACUACCCUUUGCAGCCGAUGAUCCCAUUUACAAAGCAGUCGAGUUUAUAAUGCAACACAUUUUGCAGAAACUCAAUAAGGAUUUGUCCGGCAAUAAGGUGGCCUAUCAAAGUCUAUAUGAGCGCAUUGAUAAGUUCUUCGAGGAUGCCAAGAAAUUUGUGAUAUUUAGAUCAACUCAAAUCAUAUCUGCCGCUCGAAAAUCAAUGGGAGAUGCUAUGAGCCACAAAAGUUAUGAAAAGGAUUUCAAUCAUGACAAAGCGAAAUCAUUUUCUAAGCGCACCUCAACGGGCAGAGUAUCGUUUAAUGGAAUUUCUAGUACCAUAGGCAUUUCGAGCUAUGAAAUCCAUCCCCUGAUUAAGGUCAAAGAGGUGGGACAUAGAAGACCCACACCUGCGGGUUCCUUGGCAUCCUUUGUUCUGCACUCCAAUACCAGUUUGGCUCAGAAAACCGAAAUCCCGAAUUUAUGCCGCAACGAGCUUGUCUUUAUUGAGCAUUAUUUUUCUAAAUUCAAAAGAGAUUUAAUUGUUGGUGUGGGUCGUCGAGUAUUUGCGGCCAUACAAUGCCAUUUUGAGAAUAAAAUCAUGGAUGUGCGACAAGAAUUACUAGAAAUCGAUCGAAAAUUUUUGGUUAAACGCACCACCAAAUCUAUUCUCAGUUAUGCUGUUAAUUCUCUAGAUUUCGAUUCGAAUCUGAAAUUGUGUAUAAGUGCCCUUUCAAGUGAUGUAAUAUGGUCUCUGCAAAAAGUGUUGCUGAAGACGAUUAGAGAUCCAAGGAGAAUUGUUAAGCCUCAUUGUAAUUGCAAUUGCAUGAAGCAGGGAAAGGAUUUUUGUUGAAUUUGGAACAACUUUUAAAAAUUGGAAUCAAUCAAUUGACUAUGUUGGAUUUUUUGUUUAAUAUGACAACAAAAUUGUUAAUACAAACAAAUUUAAAAUA